AAGCGCUCGUGGCCGCUGCUUCCACACUGGGUAUCAUGGCGGCGGCGCGGUUUGUGCGUUGUUGAGGAGCCGACACGCCGGCCCGCGCGCGCCAUGGUCUUCCUCACCGCGCAGCUUUGGCUGCGGAACCGCGUAACCGACCGCUACUGGCGGAUCCAGGAGGUGCUGAAGCACGCCCGGCAUUUCCGCGGGAGGAAGAAUCGCUGCUACAGGUUGGCGGUCAGAGCCGUGAUUAGGGCCUUUGUGAAAUGCACCAAAGCACGGAGACUGAAGAAGAGGAACAUGAGGACACUCUGGAUUAAUCGAAUUACAGCUGCUUCCCAGGAACAUGGCCUGAAGUACUCAGCGUUCAUUGCCAAUCUGGUUAAGUGCCAGGUGGAGCUCAACAGGAGGGUGCUUGCAGAUCUGGCUAUCUACGAACCAAAGACUUUCAAAUCUUUGGCUGCUCUGGCCAAAAGAAGGCGACAGGAAGGAUUUGCUGCGGCCUUGGGGGACGGGAAGGAGCCUGAAGGCAUCUUUUCCAGAGUGGUGCGGUACCACUGAG